AUGGCACACCACUUCAACGUCGAAGGCGAUAACAUCAAAUCGGAGCCUUCGACAAGUGAGCACUCGCUAUGGCCUCCUACUCGGAAUCGAACAGGACCGUUACCACCGAUUAGCGAGUGGUACAACGACGGCAACGACACCAGGCGGUCGUCGACAAGUUCACUUGCAUCUUCGACAGCAUUGAUCAGCGAAGCACAGUCUCCAGUGGACCCUAUCGGCGACAAUCAUCUCAACGAACGAGCCACACGACGGCUAUAUCAACUAUCUGGACACAUGCUUCCAUCUCUCUACCAACCUAGCGAGCACGACUCCAGCCAGCAGCAACGCUGGAACCCAUCAUCGUCAUCUUCUUCUUACCCUUCCCCAGGUUCAACUCCUGGACCCGAGGAUCACGUUGUCCAGAGGUCCAAGGCCAAAGCCAAGGCCAGGUCUGCAAGAGGAGUGACCCAGGCACCAGACGCCACCUCCAUCAAAGACCUCACGCCGGAGUUGAUUGGUCAGAAGAAGGUGAAAGCCGAUCGUGAAACGGUUGCUCGAUUCGAGCAGAGUCAAGCCCUUGCGAGAGCUUGGGAGGAGUGCUUGAUCCACAAUCCGGACAUGCUACACGAAGGCGUGACCAGGGAUGGCAAAAAGGGCCUCAAGAAACUCAAACGCAACAACAUCGACGACAGGAUCGUAAAAGCUGGCUUACUACCGAACCAGAUCAAUAAAGAUCUUCUUAUUGAUCUCAUCACGAUCAUGCUCCGCAACCACCGUGCAACAGCCAUUCGCGAAAUCGACAAUCACCGGAAGCACGGUCGCUACGACGAUGCCCUGAGGCUAGAGAGGGAACUUAGGGCGGUUGGCACCCAUCUUUGA